AUGGAGUCGUCGCCGCCCAAGCGCAACGCCGGCCACGUCGGCGAGGACGGAAUCAGCACCCUCCCCGACCACCUCCUCCUCGACAUCCUCGAGCGCCUCCACCUGCGCGAGGCGGUCCGCGCCGGCGCGCUCUCCACGCGGUGGCGGCACCUCCCCAGCCACCUCUCGCUCGUGCACCUCGACGCCAGUCACUUCCGUGGCGCCACAUCGCUCCAGGUCAUGGACGCGUUCACGGACGCGGCGCGGGCCUUGCUCACUCGGGUGCCUCCCGCCGAGGGAGUGUGCGAGAGUGGUGCCCUCAAGGUGCUCGUCCUCAGCUUCUACACGUCUUCCCCUCACCUGAGCUCCAUAGGCCGCCUCAUCGAGGACAUUGUGAGCUUGGGCCAGACCCAAUGCCUUGAGUUUUGCAUAUCCCCGCUGGGCAUCAGCAUUGAGAUUGGGCAGGAGUUCAUGGCGUUCUCCCGUGCCUACCCAGUUGCCUUCUCAUGGCUCACGACGCUUACGCUCGAAUAUCAUGCUUUUGGACAUUCAGACAUCACUGACCUCAUUAGCACUUGCAGUAGGCUCAGGCACCUCAGCUUGAGAUUCUACAGACUGCUUGAUCUGCACUCCACGCUCAAGAUCGAUGUGCCGUGCUCUGAGCUCCAGGAGCUUGAGUUCAUCGGCCUUUUGUGCACACGGAUCGAGCUCGUCUCUGUCCCCAAGCUUAGACAAGUGGAGUGCAAAUGUUGGCUCUUCAAUAACCCUCCAGUGCGCUUUGGCUACGUUCCUGAGCUUCGCGGUUUAGUACUCGCUUCUAAAGCCAAGGCAUGGCAAGAGCCAUUCGCGCUCAGCGAAUGCCUGUCAACGAGUGUUGGUGCCAGGAACCUGUCAACACUGACUCUGUGUUUUGGGUACCAAAUGAUUUGGAUUCAGCCAGAACCUCCGAAGCAGCUCAUUGCUAUAUUCAGAAACCUGACCUCUGUGCGUCUUUUCGGUAUCUUCAGUGAGUGUGAUCUGAGCUGGACACUGUUUAUCCUUGAAGCUGCACCUGCCCUACAUGAUUUAGCAUUAUCUCGACAUUCAUGUGCCAAGCCGCACAAGAACAGUGCCGAGAAGACCAACGUGGUGUGGGAGCCAUCCAAGGAUUUGAAGCACCUGAACUUGGAGGUGCUGCAGAUCUUCGGGUGUGAGGAUGAAGACAAGGUGACAAACUAUAUGAGGCUCGUCAUGGAAAGAGCUGUGGGGUUGUUGAAAAUCCAGUUGUAUGGUGAAAGCCCAUGCACAUACUGUGAUGCCACCAGUCUUGAAAGAUCCAAGGCGGAAAAAGCUAGCAGGCAUCGGAUUAAGGAGCAACUCACACAUGGAUCAUCCUCAUCUGUGGAGAUAAUUAUCUGUUGA